AUGACCAGCGACGACCAAUUUUUCUUUGAUUACCUAGCGUCUAUACCCCAUGACGUAAGACGAUAUUCGUUGCAAGUCGCCGACUCUAUCGACCGCCAGUUUGACCGCGCCGCUGUUGUGAUUCGAGAGACACUUGGCCAGCAAGGAUGGCUUCCGGCUUCAGUCCGACCGGCUGUCCGCACGAGGGAGAUACGCGCUGCAUCUACGGGUCUGUCUGACCGCAUACAGGAUUGGGUGACUCGGCACCGUGCGCUGAGCUCGGCCCUUGUCGCAUUCGUUGGUACUGGGUGCGUUUUGCUGUACGGAAGUAAAAAGUUGAACGGCAAGCGCAGAAAGGCUAGGAGAGCAGGCAACGGGUCACGGAAAGAGGUUGUGGUCGUAUCCGGAUCACCUCACGAGCCUAUGACCAGAGCGAUCGCAGCAGACCUAGAGCGCCGAGGAUAUAUUGUCUACGUGACGGUCUCGUCAGCCGACGAAGAGAUUGUUGUUCAAUCUGAACACCGAGCGGACAUCAAGCCCCUGUGGCUGGAUUUGACUACGACAGCAUCGAACUCAUCUGACCUGCAUCCCUCACUCCACGAGCUCCGAGCCCUCAUCACACAGCCUCAAUAUCCCGUCCCCGGCGUCGCACCGCACACAUGCCAGCUCAGCGGUGUCAUCAUUGUCCCCUCACCGAAUUACUCAGCUGGACCUGUCGCUACGAUACCAGCGUCAUCGUGGGCUGAUACCGUGAAUGCCCGCAUUCUGUCGCCAAUCCUGACUGCCCAGAUCUUCCUCCCUCUGUUGACCCUCCGCAGCAAUAGCAGUGCGCUCAUUUUUGCGUAUCCCUCCAUCUCCUCGUCCCUUUCCGCACCGUUUGCCGGUCCGGAGGUGACAACGGUACGGGCUCUUUCGGGCUUUGCAGCCUCGCUCCGCCAAGAACUUGCUCUUCUUGAGAAAGGCAACGUUGACGUGGUCGAGCUUCGGCUGGGCAAUAUUGAUCUCGGCCCCUCAUAUAAACCCGGACAGAGUCAGGUCGCGGGGACCGAGGUGCUUGCGUGGAACGCGCAGCAGCGAGCGCUAUAUGGCUCCCGGUAUCUGAACAGCGUUGAACAGCGUCCGGUUGCUUCCGCCGGACCGGCUGCUAUCCGUGGAUCCUCGGCGCGGGUCCUCCAUCAUGCUGUGCUGGAUGCGCUGGAGCCGGCAUCGAAGAAUAUUUUUGGGCGCCGUGCCCAUAAAAGUGCUGUUGUCUACGUUGGUCGUGGCGCGCGUUCUUACAGUCUCAUCGGGGAUUGGGUACCCAGCGGCCUGGUGAGCUUGAUGAUGGGUCAGCGUAGCGCGAAGUGA